AUGCAGGCGAAGAAGUCCCGCGGCUCCUCGACGGGCGGCGGCGGCGGCGGCGAGGUCGGCGAGCUGCAAGGAGGGGACGAAGCGCAGCGCGCCAAGAAGCGGAAAAAGAAGGACUCGCGCUUCGCCAGCAUCCAGGUCUUCCUGGUGUCCGAGUGCGUCCUGAUGCUGGCCCAGGGCACCGUGGGCGCCUACCUGGUGAGCAUCUUGACCACCUUAGAACGGCGGUUCAACCUCCAGAGCGCCGACGUUGGCGUGAUCGCCAGCAGCUUUGAGAUUGGCAACUUGGUUCUCAUCCUUUUUGUGAGCUACUUUGGUGCCCGGGGACACCGGCCACGUUUGAUAGGAUGUGGAGGGAUUAUUAUGGCUUUGGGAGCCCUUCUUUCAGCUCUGCCAGAAUUCCUCACUCAUCAGUAUGAGUAUGAAUCCGGAGAGAUUCGGUGGCGGGCCGAAGGGAGGGAUGUCUGCGUAGCCAAUGGAUCCACGAGCGACGAGGGACCAGAUCCUGAUCGGAUCUGCAGGAGCAGGACUGCCACGAACAUGAUGUAUUUGCUUCUCAUUGGAGCGCAAGUCCUUCUGGGAAUUGGGGCAACUCCAGUGCAACCUUUGGGGGUCUCCUACAUUGAUGACCAUGUGAGGCGGAAGGAUUCUUCCCUGUACAUUGGGAUCUUGUUUACAAUGCUGGUGUUUGGACCGGCCUGUGGAUUUAUCCUGGGAUCUUUCUGUACCAAAAUCUAUGUGGAUGCUGUUUUCAUUGACACAAGCAAGCUGGAUAUCACCCCUGAUGACCCUCGGUGGAUUGGCGCAUGGUGGGCCGGCUUCUUGCUUUGUGGUGCCUUACUUUUCUUCUCGUCUCUCCCGAUGUUUGGAUUCCCACAAUCCCUGACUCGCCAGCCGGAGCACAUAGCAGAGGUAGAGGAAGCCAUGUUGCCAGAAGGGGACUAUGAAAGGCCAAAACCAAGCAAUGGGAUUCUUCCACCGCACUCCAUGGAAGCCAACGAUGAUCUAUCUUGCUUCCAGCAGCUGAGAGUGAUCCCAAAAGUAACUAAGCACUUGCUGUCCAACCCGGUGUUCACCUGUAUUGUUCUUGCGGCUUGCAUGGAGAUUGCGGUGGUGGCAGGUUUCGCAGCCUUUCUUGGCAAGUACCUAGAACAGCAGUUCAAUCUCACAACGUCGUCGGCCAACCAGUUAUUAGGCAUGACAGCCAUUCCCUGUGCAUGUUUGGGCAUCUUCCUGGGGGGCCUCUUAGUGAAAAAGCUGAGCCUUUCUGCACUGGGUGCCAUUCAGAUGGCGAUGUUGGUCAGCCUGGUGUCCACGGCUUGCUACGUUUCUUUCCUUUUCCUGGGCUGCGAUACGGGACCCGUGGCUGGCAUUACCAUUCCCUAUGGAAACAAGUCAACCAUCUCCAGCUUGGCCCCUUAUUCUGCCUGCAAUAGCAACUGUAAAUGUCAAAUGGAUUCCUUCACUCCAGUCUGUGGGACCGACGGCAUCACGUACUUAUCUGCCUGUUUUGCUGGCUGCACCAACAUGAAUCUCACCGGUUGCACCUGCCUCACCUUGGCCCCGGCCGGGGAUACCACAGUCGUUCCUGGGAAGUGCCCGAGCCCUGGAUGCCAAGAAGCCUUCCUGACAUUCCUCUGCGUGAUGUGCGUCUGCAGCAUGAUUGGAGCCAUGGCCCAAACUCCCUCCGUCAUCAUCCUCAUCAGAACUGUGAGCCCGGAGCUCAAAUCAUACGCUUUAGGAGUUCUCUUCCUUCUCCUCCGAUUGUUAGGCUUUAUCCCACCUCCCUUGAUCUUUGGAGCAGGAAUUGAUUCCACCUGUCUUUUCUGGAGCACCUUCUGUGGUGAACAAGGAGCAUGCGCCCUAUAUGACAAUGUUGUCUAUAGGUACCUGUACGUGAGCAUCGCUAUUACCCUGAAGUCACUUGCAUUCCUCCUGUACACCACUACCUGGCAGUGCCUGAGGAAAAACUAUAAGAAAUACAUCAAGAACCAUGAAGGUGGACUCAGCACUGCUGAAUUCUUUGCCUCCACUUUGACCCUGGACAACCCAGGACAAGACCCCCUUAGCCAGAAUCCCUCUCAUAGGACAAAAUUUAUCUACAACCUUGAGGACCACGAGUGGUGCGAAAACAUGGAGUCUGUUUUAUAGUGAUUAGAAAGCUGGACUGGCUAACCCAAAGGUCCUUUUGGAAGGAAGAUAUUUAUGAAAUAUGUAAUAUAUACAUACUGACAUGUUUUGGGAAGGUUCUAAGCAAAACCGAGUCCACAGCUCUUUCAAAAUCUACCAUUACGUUCCAGGAGCUUCUCCGGAGGAAGAGGACGUUUGUCCUUUUCUCCAAAGCAGAUGAACCAAGACGAGGGGGAGAAAGAAUAAAGACCAAUCUGGAGUGAGAAAUGGUAACGCCAAGUGGAUCAUCGUUGGAUCAAAUGCCGUGGCUAGAGACAUAACAGAUGGGCAGUGUUUGGGGACCUGGUCUUUCAUUGGAGAGCAGAGCAGAUGUCUGCCCUUGGGUGGAUAGGCAAACCCAUGAAAAACAAUUCCCAAUGAGGGAGGAAAGAGCAGAAGCAAGCCACAGCUGUUUCCAAAAAUAAGUGCUAUUUGAAACUUAAGCACCGUUGGAGUAACCUUUGCAAUACAAGCUUAAAAGGCGACCACAAGGUGCUAUGCAGUCCUUUUUCAAGCUCUUCAUCUCCUUCUCUCUCCUGUCAGAGGAAGCCCUGCCAGAACUGCUUCACCUUUAUUGUCUCCAGCUGCCAGUCCAAAAGGCCCAACCUCAACAGCUGUUGAAAUGGGCAAGCCAGUAGAUGGGUCUGGUACAAGCCACGGUGACAUCAAGUUGACAUCGUGUGCUGAAUAAGCGCUAGAUCCCAAAUAAGAGUGAGAUGCUGAGUAAGAGUUAGAGAGCGCCAUCAUUUGCGCACAUCACUGUUUGGAUGCCCAUUGUGACUUGUACCCAACAUUGAUGCAACCACAACAUUAUAGUUCUUAAGACACCAGCAUUGCUUUUCUUAACUAUUUGGGGGAAAUCUAGUUCCAUUUUGGUAUGGGAGUUGGGACGGGGCAUUGUGCGUGUGUUUUGUGUGUAUGUGUGCAGUUGCGAGGGACAGAGCACGGGAUGAUCUCACCCAACAUUCUAUAACUUUUUCCACUUUUUAGCAGGGUUGAAAAAUGGUGCGAAGGUCAUCGUGACCAAGGUUGCCAUUGAAAAUGGGCAGAGAAGGUCUGGUUGAGCCAUCACUGCCUUUUAAACAUCUGUACAUUUUUCUAGUUUUGUGUCGGCACUGGAAAAGGAACAUUUUCAGUACAUUUCCAUUUGAAUCAGAAUAUUGCUACCCCAGAGAGAAAGAGAAGUUGUAAAUGACCCACUUUAUGCCCUGAGCUGCUCAGCUAAUCAGCGUCCCCAGUUAAAAAAUGGUUGCGCAACUUUAUAGACUCCCUCCAAUGGAAGCUACAAAAGGUUUUUGAUCUGAGAAAAAAAUGAAAAAGCUGAUAAAUAUAUGUGCCUUUUUUUUUAAAGAAAAAGAAGAAGUUUGCUUUACAAGAAUCAGAUGGAGAGAAGGUGGCCCACUUUAUCAAAGGGUGCAAAGUCAAACUUCCUUUUUCAAGGGACAGUCAAAGUCACUAAACAUACACAGAUUGUCUCUUAAACUUUUAAAUAGCCUUUUCCUUUGGCUAUAACCAGAGAGAAUUUCCUGAGAAAUUCUUUGACUGUCCCUUGCUGUCCUAAUCACCCAGAAUGCCCUCGGGGGGCUCCAGACCAGAGAAGGCAUUCUGGGGAAAGUAACAGCAGCCAGCUGGCUCCCUUGAGACGGGUGCUCUUUCACGUUGCCACAAAGGGAGCAUGCUUUCCAACGAAGAAAAGGCAAACUUCUUUUAUGUCCUGUUUAUUGAGGCAUGCCUCCCAGAUGCGCUGCACAUCUGAACAUCACAUUGCAUGCAAAGGAUUGGUGGCGUUUUCUGUAGAACAUACUUCUUCACCCACAUAUCUGUAUUUAGCCAUGAUCAUCAGUGGUAGAUUCCAAUUCUGGGCUACCCCCUUUCCUUGCUGGAACCAGAACUGUAAUGUGUCCUCUCAUUCCUUUCCCCAGAUUCUGACUAUUUUCUGCUUCUUCCCACUUUGAUCUGCAGCAAAGGCAUAUUCAAUGCAAAUGAGGAUUCAGAGAUUUAUAGUAUAUUAUAUAGUAUAUUUAUAAUAUAUUCCGCUGGGAGAGGCAUAUAUACUGUAUAUAUGGAAGAACCCAAA